AUGGCAGAAGCUGCAGAGGUAAAAUCACCGCCUGGAAUGAAAGCUGAUGUUUGGCAAUACUUCGAAUUCAAACGUUACGAGGACAAAGACGAACUAGACAGAACAAAAGCAGUGUGCAAACUGUGCCAAAUAGAGGUAAAAUAUAGUGGCAAUACCACCAAUCUCCGCAACCACUUAUCCAGGCACCACGCCGCAACAGCUAAACCUGUCGCUAACCAAACAGCACUGGAAAAGGCAUUUGGUGUUAAAUUUCCCUCGAAUUCUAAGCGUGCCUUGAGCAUAACUGAGGGUCUCGGAAUAUUUAUUAGUAAAGACCUACGACCCUACAGUGUGGUAGAAAAUGCUGGAUUCAAACUACUGAUCAAGAGACUAGAACCACGCUAUGUCCUGCCCAGUCGCAAACAUCAGAGCGAAACGGUAAUUCCACAAAUGUAUGCGAAAUCAAAAGAUAGCCUUGCACAUUCGCUGAAAUCUGCCGAGAGAGUGGCACUGACCUGCGACUGCUGGACCUCCAGAAAUACCGUGUCUUAUCUGACUAUUACAUGCCAUCACAUUGACGAGGAAUGGAGGCUAGCUUCUAGUGUUCUACAGACCAGAGAAGUUGAAACGAGCCACACUGCAAGUAAUCUCGCUGAUCUGCUCACCAAAGCCAUACAGGAGUGGGGAAUCACUGACAAAAACCCCGCAAUUGUUACGGAUAAUGCAGCCAACAUCGUGAGAGCGGUGCAAUUAAUGGGCCAUUUUCACAUGGGCUGUUUUGCGCAUCUCAUCAACUUGGCAUCCCAAGCAGGACUAAAAACUCCUGCUAUCGCACGCUUACUGGGGCGGGUAAGGCGAAUUGUGGCGUUUUUUCACCGAAGCCCCACUGCGAGCCACACAUUAAAAGAGAAGCAGCAGCUCCUUCAAUUGCCACAACACAAGCUCAUUGUGGACGUCACGACCAGGUGGAACAGCUCCCUGGAUAUGCUGGGACGUUUCCUCGAGCAGCAGCCAGCCAUCUCUGCAGCGCUGCUGUCACCUGACGUCCGCAGGAGGGAAAGCGAUAUAUGCACUUUAAUGGAGACAGACAUCACCACCGCAGAGGACGUGGUGAAAUGCCUAGGGCCAAUGAAGACGGCCACGCUCGCCAUCUCCAAGGAGGCAUCUCCAACUAUGUCCAUUGUUGCACCACUGCAGUUUCAGCUUCUGAGUCAGAUGACAUGUACUACUGAAGACUCUUCUGUGAUUAAGGAGCUCAAAACAGCAGUUCAUAACAACUUGAACUCAAGAUAUGAAGCCCUGAUGGAGACCUUGUGUGUAGCAUCAUCAUUGGAUCCACGUUUCAAGACCCUACCAUUCCUGUCUGGUGAGGCACGUGAUGCUGUCUUCUUGAAAUUGACCUCUGAAGCUGCUCAUCUGAACCCAUCAACUGAUGAAACUACACCAGAGCAAGAAGACACUUCCCAUGGUUCAACUGAUGUGGCUGUGCCUGCACCAACUCAACCAAAGAGGCAAAAAGACUCAUCUGCUCUGAUGGCUUUACUGGGGUCAGCCUACACACCACCAGAAACUCCACUACAAAGGAAAACUACUCCCACUGAAAGGGCUGAGGAAGAGGUCACCACCUACAGGAAAGUACCAUCUAUUCCUCUUUCUCAAAAUCCACUGACAUGGUGGCAGGUGCAUGCAGGGGAUUUUCCUCUUCUGGCAGGCCUAGCAAAGCAGUACCUUUGCAUACCUGGGACCAGUGUCCCAUCUGAGCGAGUCUUCUCAACCGCUGGAGACAUUGUUAGUGCUCAAAGGAGCUGCCUCACUCCACAGCACGUAGACCAGCUCCUUUUUCUCCAGAAAAAUUACACAAUUCCUGAAGACUAG